AUGUUUGGUGGCGGGAAUUGGAGUGGCUUUGGGGAUUACUUGGGGGCAAAGACUCGCAAAGUUCAGCAGCAACUUCAGAACUCCCUAGCUUCAGAGCGCGCACGCGAAAGCAGCAGCAGCGGCAGCAGCAGCAGCAGCAGGGAGCUGCGUUGGUGGAACAGAUAUGUGCAGCAGCCCUCAUCUCUCUUUUCCUCCUUCACCUUUUACAUAGACGGCCUGCAACGCCUCCAGGGUUACGAGUUAAUCUCCACAGGCUACAGCGAGGCUACUGAUGCAGGCAUAGGCCCCAGAGGCCCCUUACGGGGGCCUAGGGGGGGCCCCCCAGGGGCCCCCCCGACGAGCGCGGCUGGAAACUUCAGUGGCCCUUCUGCAAAAGGGAAGUUGGAAGGUUCGCCAUGGAGCUUCUCAGGCGUCUCAGCAGGGGGCCCCUCAAGGAACCCUCCGGGGGGCCCCUCAGGGGACCCCCCAAAGGGCCCCUCAGGGGGCCCCCCAAAGGGCCCCUCAGCGGGCCCCUGCGUGAAUGAGUACGUGGUAGACGCUGUGCAGCUGAAGAGGGUUUUAGUGGCUCACGGGGGAAGCAUUUCGAUCAUGACGGGCAAAGGGGUCACUCACGUGUUGGUUGACAAUCUCGCGCUGGGCAACCAGAAGUGGAGAAAGCUGCGGGACAGAGGGGGCUGGGCGCGGAGCUACGUGGUGGUGCGCUGCUCGUGGGUCUUCUCUUGCAUUGCAGCAAAACGACUUUUGUCUCCUGCGCUCUUCAAGCCCACGGGUCUCCAGCUUGCAAACCAGCACUUGCUGCUGCAGCGCUGGGCUGUUGCUGCUGGAGGCCGCCAGCCACAGCAAGGGGUGGCCCCGGGCCAAGCAGCAGAGGUUCUGGGCCAGCCUGUGGGAUCUGCUGCUGCACUUGAUCAGCAGGAGGCUCAGGGAGAGCCCGGAGUUGCUGCAGCAGCAGAAAUGGGGCGGACUGGGGACUCCGGAAGAGUCAAUGAAACAGUUGCGGGGAGGCCCGCAAGUGCAGCAGCAGCAGCGGUGGCGGCAACAGCUGCCGCUGCUGCCACUGAAGGAGAUGGGCUGCUGCUCGAGCUUGAAUCCAGCAGCGACGAAGAGCAGCAGCAGCAGCAGCAGCAAGGCCAACCCCAUCCAAAGAAGAUUCGAACUGAGGUUUCUUACUCUGUAGCCGAUUUGGCAGUUCCUGUUUCUGCUGCAGUAGAUAUUGCUGCUGCUGCAGGCGCCGUUGCCGCAGCUGGGGCUGCUGCUGCUGCACCAUUUGCUGGAGCAGCAGCUGCUUGCGCUACUGUAGCUAUGCCAGGGCAAGCAACUGCAAGCUCCUCAUCGGCUGCUGCGGCGCGACCUGCAGCAGCCGUAAAUACUUCGGAAAAAUCAAAUACUCUGGCAGGAGCGCACGGCAUUACAGCAGCAACAGUAACAGCGGCGCAAGAUGCAGCAGCAGCACAGGACACACCAGCAAGCGCAUUACUGGCUUCAAGCGCAUUGUGCAUCCCCACAGCAGCUCCAGCAGCUCCAACAGCAGCAGCUGCUGCUGCAGGAGUUUCCCGAUCAGUAGCAGAACGAACGGAGAUCGCCUCAUCGGCGGGAGAACUCACAGCAGCAGGAGUGGCAGCAGCAGGAGCCGCACAAACAGGAGCCGCAGCAGCAGGAGCCACGGUUGCAGGAGCCGCAGUGGGAGCCGCUUCAGGCGUAUCAAGUGGUGAGGGCAAUAGAGGUACCGUUGACUGCCGGCGUCCCGAUUUUGUCUCUUCGUUUUUUGAACAUUCUCGCCUCCACUUCAUUGGGGCCUGGCAGAACCGCUGUGCCUCCAUGCUAUCGCGUCUGCUGCACAGCAGCAGCAGCAGCAGUAGAGGGCCCCAGCAGCAAGUUGUACUUCGGUGGGUAGACGCGUCAAUCACCAGCAAGGAGCUGGAACCGCUGCUGCUCCCGCUGGGCUUGACACUAUCACAUGAAAGCGAUUUUGCUGAUGCUGCUGCUGCUGCCCACUCUCCGUUGCUUCUGCGUUCACCCAACGCAAGGACAGCAGCAGCAGGAGGAGCAACAGCACUUCCUGGAGCAGCGGCAACGACGACUGCAGCAGAAGGGAGGUGGAUUCUGCACGUUGAUUUCGAUGCUUUCUUUGUCUCCGUGGCCCUGCUUAAGCAUCCCCACCUGAAGGACAAACCGGUAGCAGUAUGUCACUCAAGAGGGCAUCGAACAUUUGCUGAGCCUACACCGGCAGCUGUAGCAGCAGCUGCAGGGAAGGCGCCCGCGGCAGGCGCAGCAGCAGCAGCAGCGGUAGGUGCAGGUGGUCGUGGCAGGGGUACGUCUGAGAUAGCCAGUUGCAACUACAUCGCGCGAUCGCAAGGCGUGCAGAAGGGCAUGUGGCUGCGGCCGGCGCUAGAUCGCUGUCCUUCUUUGGUGCUUCUUCCUUAUGAUUUCGAAGGCAUAGAAAGAGCAAGUGAAGGCCUUUUUCAGGCAGCUCUGUCUUUGUCGCACAGACUCGCGCCGCUUUCCUGCGAUGAGACUUUCAUUCAGAUUUGCUUUCCGCUGCUAACCCAAGCAGAAGGGGCCCUUGCCACUCAGCUUACAAGCAGCAGCAGCAUUAGCUCAAACCAGAAUGCCGCCAGUAGCAGCUCUAGCAACGAAACUACCGAUCACAGCUGCUGCAGGAGCAGCAACAGCGCAAGCAGUGGCAGCGACUAUAACAAUACUGGCAGCAGCAACAACGACAGUAGCAACAGGGUAGACGAAGCUGAGAUCGUGGCGGAUGUUUGCAUGUCGUUAAGAAAAGCCAUAAUUGGAAUCACUGGCUGCAACGUUUCGGUGGGAGCUGGCUGCAACUGUCUUCUGGCAAAACUGGCGACGGCUGCAGCAAAGCCGUCAGUGGAAGCUGCUGAUGCGUCAAAAGGUUCUAGUGCAGCACGAGCUGAAACGGCAGCAGUGAUUCAGCGGGAAGGUGUAUGCGUGGUGAAACCGGGAGCAGCAAGUGCAGCAGCAUUUGUGGGGCGGCUGCUGUUGCGCCAAGUGCCGGGUGUAGGGCCCACAGUGGCGUCAAAAGUUGCUGCUGCAGCACGAGCAGCAGGAGUAAAUGUCAAGACCUGCACUGACAUCCAGACACAGGGCAAGGACUCGCUGCAGCUGCUGCAGACUGCGCUUGGUCGAAAGAGAGGGGCUCAGCUGUGGUGGCUCUGUCACGGAGUAGAUGUGCGACCGCCUCCUGCUGCUCUCCCUGCAGUUCCUGGGUUGGGUAAUUCUGCUGCUGCAGCGGGACCAAGUGCCGGGACCACAGCAGGAGCAUCAGCAGCCGGAGGCAGCGGUGUACCGGCAAGUGGGUCGCUAAGCAUUUCUGUGAACUGGGGGAUUCGUCUGCAACAAGAGGCAGACGCACUGAGCCUUCUCAAGCAAAUGGCCCUUGAAGGCCACAAGCGACUCAAAGCAAGCAGAUUAUACAGUGCCAAGAUCUCCGCUAAGAUACUUUACCGCCGGCCAGGGGCCCCCGUGGAUACGGUGAAGUUCUUGGGCUGUGGAAUAUGCGACUCGGCAAGGGGAUCGCGUGUCAUUGGCAGCCGGAGCAGCGGAGGCAGCAAAAGAACUAGGAGCGACGGGUUUGGGGUACAAUCGGCAGAAGACUUGUACACAGAGCUGGAGGCGUUGUGGAGAGAGAGUCUCAGCGAUGUGUGCCCACUGGAAGACUACCGCGGGAUUACGCUGCUGCUGCAGCAGCUGCGGACGGAGCAGCAGGAAGGAGCACUGAGGCAACAGCAGCAACACCUUCAGCGGAAUCUCUUGAGCGUAGCUUUCUCAAGCAUCAACAGCAGCAGCCACGACCCCAGUAGCAACAUUUGCAGCAGCAACUCAAUCAACGGUACUGGCAAGAGCAGUAGCAGCAACAGGAUCAAUACAUACAGCGGCACUGGCAAGAGUAACAGCAGCAGCAGCAGCAGCAGCAGCAGCACGCCAGAGCCAUGCUUCAUAGUCGUAGAAUCAGUGGAGCAGCCCGAAGGUGAGUCGCCUUCACAAAGCCAGACACCGCAGCAGGACCAGCAACAAUGUCCAAAGCAGAUGCAAAGGCACCAGGAAUGCCAGCAUCGAGACCUGGCGCAGAAAGAACAGGUGCAACAGGAGGCCCCGGGUGGGUCCGUCACCAAGGCAGUUCCAACUGCGCCUUUUGAUGGCUGCUUCAUAGUUGACAGCGGAAGCAGCAGUGACAGUGAAAGAGGCAGCAGCAGACAAGAGGCAAGAACACCUGUGCUUGCGACCCCAUCUCGGACUGCGGCUGCCACAAAACCACAAAAUGCCCAGCAGUCCUCAGGAAACAGUUCAGCCACGGCCGACUCUGCAGCUGCAGUAUCUGCAGCUGCUGCAGCUGCUGUGUUUGCUGCUAGCGGCCUCAAAACGCCGGCGCAAACCCCAAAGAGACCUCGUGGAAGCCCGGAGGCAGGUCAAUUACAGCAGAGCGCGCAGCAGCAACAGCAGUGGGGCGCACGCACACCUGACAGCCAGGCAUCAACUCCCCGUUUGAAAACCAUGAAAUUAAACAGGAGCCACCGCAUGCAAACAGCGCAAACUCCAGCAAGUGAGAGGAUCGGCGGCAGACGCCUUCAAAGAAGCAAGAAGGCACUACUCGAAGCAACAGCAGCGACACCCAGAAUGUCUGGAGCAGCAGCAGCAGCAGCAGCAGCACCUGCUGCUCCUGCAUCGCCUGUUGCUGGCGCUGGAAGGUCGCCCAUGUCAACCCAACGAAGCCUUGUAGAAUAUCUGCCGAACAGCGGAAAGGCCUCCCGGCGCGCUUCAAGCUGUGCUCAUCCGAAGCAGCAGCGGCAGCAGCAGCAGCAGCAGCAGCAGCAACCUGGCAGCAGCUCCAUAGGAAGGGCCCAGGCCCGUGACGCGGUUUUUGCUGCUGCUGUCAGUCGCGCAGCUAGCAGCGCUCUGCCGAAUGUCGUAUCUCUACUGACGCAGAAUCCAGACGGCUGCAGCAGCAGCGGAGGAAACAGCCCGGGCCACUCCAAGCUCGACCUAGCGAAAGAGCAGAAAGGAAAGCAGGACGGCGACUGCUGCUGCGCUGCUUCUGGCAGCAGCAACUGUUGCUGCUCUCCUGAGGGAUGUGUUGCCCAAUGCAUGUCACUUGUAUGUCCUCCUAAUGGUCGUAAGUUCCGUCCGCCGCUGCCGUUCCGCAUUGCUGCUGCAGCUCAGCCAGUGAUGCAGCUUCUGCUGCAUCAUGCUGCUGCGAAGGGCGCCGCCGCUGCUUGCCGUCGAGGUACAACAGCCUUGGUCGUAACUGCAGUGUCAGCGCGCAUCACUGCUGCUGCUACCAACAGCAGCAGCAAUCCCGGUCCUGCAUGUACUCAACACACGCAGCAAUUGUCAGCUUCUGAUACAGCUGGGCCUACUGAUUCGCCUCCUCCUACACCAAGCGCUGCCUCAAACUCUCCAACAGCUGCUGCUGCGGCCGCAGAAACUAAGCCGUCUUCGGCCAAUCCAGCUGCCACCGCCUCCAGCCCGGCGCAGGAGACCUCUUUAAGAAAAGAGGAUUCCGAUCGGGAGGCCUCUGCCAUUGAGGAAGAGUCGGAGGCCCGUGCGAAUGACGGGGACGCGGAGCCGCCGGCCGGAGCAGAAGGGGCUUACUGGGAGUGUUUGGCUGAUGCCCUCGAGGGAUUUUCAGGAGCUCUUCUCCUGAUUUUUGAGCGAUUGGGGGCCGUAGGGGCUCAUGAAGAGAGGCAGCUGCUCUUCAGAGCGCUGCAGCGACUGCUGCAAACUCCGGAAGCGCGGGCUACUGUGGCUGGGGCUGCAGCAGAUGAUGCAGCAACUAGGCAAACUGGUAGAUGGAGGGUAGCCCCGCAGGGCCACCCAUUUUCCCUUGCUUUGCUGUUGUUGAAACUGUUGGCCUGUCCAGCAGGCCGACUUGUGUGGCCUCUGCUGCUGCACCGUGCAAGAGACAUAGUUUGUUUUUCGUGA